AUGAAGACCUUCCGGCUCCUCAACACCACCGCCUGGGCCGUCGAGGUUUUCGAGGUCGGCCACGCGCCGCCGUAUCUCGCCGUCUCUCACGCUUGGUCGGACCGCAUCUUCCCCCGACAGCUGCCCCUCGCGCCCUCCUUUGGAGCCGACGCCAUCCAGCAGACCAUCCUCCAACCCAGCCUCCUCCCGCAGGAGGUGCGCCACUGCUGGGUCGACCUCUUCUGCAUCCUGCAGGACUCCGAGGACGACAUGUGCGAGCAGAUCCCCCUCAUGGGCCGCAUCUACGGCGACGCCACCGCCGUCCUGAUUGUCCUCACGGUCAAGCUGGAUUUGACGCAGACGCACAUCGACCACGGCGCCGCGGAGCUCGCCGGGGCGCUCCAGGUCUGGCGCGACGAGUCGUGGACCGAAGACGCCGCGCACCGGCGCUGGGCGCGCGGCCCCGGACGCGCAGCGCUGGUGCGCGCCAUGCAGGCCCUCGCCAGGUUCACAAGCGCCGCCUGGGGCACGCGCGUGUGGACGCUGCAGGAGUACCUCCUCGCCGCCGAUGUCCUCUGGAUCGGCGCCGAACUGACGCCGCUGCGCGUCCCGGACGAGCUCUUCGCCGCGCUGCCCCGGCUCUGCGAGGAGCUAGACAUUCGGGAGUGUAUCCGUGUCGGUGAGGAUGCGGACCGCGGACGGUACGAGCUGCUCUUCUCGCACUUUGCGGGCAUGGCGGCGCGCCGCACCGGCGCGGUGGACCGCACGCGCGUCAUGGAGAUGCUGGGUAAUCGCCGCGCGUUCCUCCCGGUCGACGAGGUCUACGGCGCCAUGGCGGUAUCCACGGUCGAGAUCGCCGUGCGGCCGGCGGGGGAGUCGCGGGAAAGCGCGUGGAGGCGGUGGACGGAGGCGGCGCUCAGGGCCGGGCAUCUCCGGUGGCUGCUGGUGCCGCCGGCGAUGGCCACGGCCGACGACGACGACGACGACGACGACGGUGCGUCUGGUAGCCUCACGUGCGCGGAGGUCCUCUGCUCGAGGCGCCACGUGCUGUCGUCGGCCUCGGGGCUAGACACCGUCACGCCGUACGCGCCGGUCAGCGUCUCCGACCCCGAGGGCACGGUCUCGCUCACCGCGCGCCCGGUCGGACCGUGCACGAUCCUCCGGCCGCUAGGCCCCGUCCACCGCAGCGACAAGGGCUGGGUGCACCGCGACCUGACGCUCAUUCUCUACUCGGGGGGCGCCUGGUCCUCCGCCGUCGAGGUGGCGCUCGCGUUCGGCGCCGGGCGGUACUCCCGUAAGCAGCUGCUCAUGAUCGCGCAGACGCUGGUCAACAACUACGACCGGGCGCUGCGGUUCGUCGCCCGGCGGACCGAGGCCAGGUUCUACCCAGUCUUGCAGUCGGAGCGGUACGCGCGCGUCUGGGCAGACCUGAUGCAGCUGCAGUCGCGGUGCGUCAUGGACGCCCUCAACUUUGGGUUUGGGUUCUUGGUCCGCGUCGACGGUCUGGGGGUGCCGUUCUUGACGGUGCUGGUGACGAAUGGACGUCGUUCGCGGGGAGAGCUCGUCGCGUUUGACUGCAACGCGCGCGGCACCGACGGGCGGCACAAGCUCCUAGUCGGCGAGAGAGUUGCCGCCGACGAACGGGGGCGGUCACCGGGGAAAGCAGCGGCUCCGUGGCACAAGGCCGGGGUCACGAUAUCUGUGGGUGAGGACUACGCGUGGGGAUGGGAUGCCAUUCCACUCGUUGAGAUUAGCAUCGGCGGAUCCGGUUGUCUGGUUUGCAAGGAAGCUCGUGCUCAUGACAGCCGGACGCAGACGCACAUCCGGACGCGACGCCCCGGGAGGGAUGAGGUCAGGGCCAUCCAUCGGCGGUUGCAGAAGCGCCGCAGGGAGAAUGAUCGUCGGAGUAGAAUUAAUAAGUUCGUCAGAUCAAGAGCGAAAAGACGGCACAGGAUGCUAUCUGGGUGGGGAGUGACGAAAUAG